CUUGGAUCAGUAGACGCUGAUUAUAUAGAGGGCACAUUCUUCGUUAUUCUCCCAAUCUUUUUCCUCGUUGACGCUGGUACGUUAACCUUAUCUUAAGACCUCAAAGUCGUCAUUGACCUGGACAAAUUUGCUGGUCGAAGUAAUCUUCACUACACACACAAAGUUUACCGGUUCACUAUUAACUCGUUACUGUCAAGAAAAGACGAUGCUCUUCAUAUCUUCCCUCCUUCGACGAUGCUCUAUGCAUAUAUUACUGAUGGCUGUUCUCUUCCUGGUGUCCAGUUCCGCUGCACCAAGUCCGAAACACACGCAACCAACGAUCUCAAACUUGAUCAACGUUGACGUAGAGCAUGAGUUGGUGGUUCGUAUCAUGCGAUUCAUAGGAGACUCUUAUAAUCCAGUGUCCCCUGCCAACCUCCCACUGGAGAACAAUCAUCAACUAGGCCUGCUCAUUGGCAAAGAAAUAUUCAGGUUCUUGCGCCCCGAUCCCAAUGGAAAGCUCAAGCCAAUCUUGCCAAUGUUCCUUAACUCCACAGACCACAAUGACAAAGAUGAAAAAUUCUUUGCAUAUAUGACUCGCUCAGGGGAUCAAAAGAAUGCCAUGCUCAAAAAGGACGAUGUAAUAGCGUUCUUUGGAAACAAGGAUCCGGAGAGCGUUUUCGAGGUGUUAAGGGAUGUCAAUCAACUUCGCCGUUCCUCUCGCGGUCGUCCAUGGGAAAUGAAAUCCGUCGACAAUGAUGCGGAUUACAUUAUUGCGGUUUUGGAUUACCUCGCAGCGCUUCCAAGUACGGCGGGUGGCCAUGCAACGGUCUUGUAUUCCCAGAACGAGACAGUGAAGAAAAUGAAAGGGUUAGCAGAGAAAUUGAAGCAACAUAGAACUGCAGCAAGGCACGCGUAACCUGUGAUGGAGUGUAGGUAGUUAAUAUACCUUGUACUUAUGUGGAUGUAUUGUUGGUCA